AAGACUGUGGCGGAGUUCCUUUUCAACUUCGCCCCUGUCACUUUAGUGUAUAAUGGUAAUGUUAGUACCACAGUCACAGAAGUGACAAUGCCUGUGGAGAGUUUGCCAGUCCGGGAUGCGCCCAUACAUUUCCGUUUACUCCAGCAGUACCUGGUUCUUCUGAAGAAAUACCCCAUCCUCACCAAGUCUGUCACGAGUGGCAUACUCUCAGCUUUAGGAAAUCUUCUGUCUCAGAUUUUGGAGGCAAGAAAAAAGGCCAAACAUGGAGCCCCGAUCAAUGAGAUUGACACAGCUGGAGCUGCACGAUAUGCCAUUUAUGGGUUGUUUAUUACAGGACCAGUGAGCCAUUACUUUUACCAGCUGAUGGAGGUGUGGAUGCCCACCACAGACCCGUACUGUAUAAUCAAACGGCUGCUGCUGGAUCGGCUCGUUUUUGCCCCCGGCUUUCUACUCCUUUUCUACUUUGUUAUGAACAUCCUGGAGGCUAAAGGGUGGGAGGACUUUGAAAAGAAGAUGAGAAAAAGUUACUGGACCGCUUUGAAGAUGAACUGGAAAGUUUGGACUCCUUUCCAGUUCAUUAAUGUCAACUUUGUGCCUGUUCAGUUCAGAGUGCUGUUUGCCAACUCGAUCGCCUUAUUCUGGUAUGCCUACCUGGCAUCAGUGAGGAAAUGAUUCUUAUGAAGAUGUCUUCACAGAAAACAAAUCUGGAGGAAACUACUUCUUUACUGUGGCAUUGUGGCAAUGCUUGUGAAUGCCAGAGAACUGAGAUAAUACAAACAGGCUGUUAAGUGUAUGACUGUAAACCUGUUCCUAAUCUGGACAGCAGUUUUCACAUACAGUAGCUCUUCUGAUUAAAUCCUAACAAACCUAUAAAAUGAGUUUAAGCCAUUAUAACAUGCUGCUAUGAUAUUUUGGAAACGUGACUGUUUGUAAUAAUUGAACAUGAUUAAAUGUAGUUUGUAAUAAAUUUAUUCUUUUACAGAGCAAUGCCAAAAUCUCAAAGAUGUUAUAGUAAUUCUUAAAUUAUAUGACUGAGAUAGACUCUUUUAAACAUUGAAAUAAUGUCAGUUUUAAUGAUGCAAUGUUAAAGUGUGCCUGUAUUGUCUUUUGUGGUCUAUAUGGGUACAGCUCCACCCCUGAGCCCAAGAAAGGUAAUGGAAAUGAGAAAUGUAAAUUCACAUUUGGGACUUUAUUGUGAUUUUAAAGUGUCCAGUUAACACAUUUACACCAUGUUGUAUUUGUCAAUUUAAAACUCUUUAACAAUCAUAACUGUAUUACCAGAAUACAGAAUUACAUAGUAAAAAAAAUAAAACGUUUUGAAUAAAAUUAAAAGAAUUAUACGACAUUG